UAAAGCGCUUUACAGGUAAUGGGGACUCCCCUCCACCACCACCAGUGUGCAGCAUCCACCUGUAGAAAACGUACAGGUGUACUUAUCAAAAUUGUUGAUGCUCCUGUAAUGUAUCUCACCAUUAAAACAAAGUUGUGCUGUUGUAUAUGAUUAAUGCGAACCGCGCUCUUGCCCGCCGAGAAAUACAAGUACAGCGCAGAGCUGUUUAUGAGGUGGGUGCCAGUCGACUACAGCAACUGUAUUUCUUUCUGAAGAACCAAAUCAGAAUAGCACAGAUAGGCUAUUAACAGCAAAUAAGACAUACGUGUUUUGACAGAAUAUGCACCUAAAUGUGCCCUGUUUCUUCACUUGCCAAAGGCGGGUCAAAAGAGUACACUGGCUUGCCAGAAGUCAGUCUUAAAUGGCUGUUACACGUGCACAAAACAAGCAAAGACGCUAGAGGCCUAGGUGUCACGGGGUGUGAAAUCGGACAUUAUCUGCGGCCGACUCGGUGAAAAUCGGCACAUUCGGACACGGUCACAGUCCAGCCCACAGCUCUGGGUCCUGCGGCGCCAGGGCGCACGCGUGGCUCGGCGCAGAGCCGGGCUCCCCCUGCAGGAAAUAUGGAGGCACAGCAAAAAUACCAGCGCUGCGGGCUCGACCAUGCGCCUGGGGGACCCGCCCUGCCACAGCACCAGCACAAUAGGGACGUGCUGCCAAACGCUAAACAAAGCAAUCUCGAAACUAGACGUAUUGCGUUUUUGUAAGGCCACGCGUUUAAACAGAGUGCUCACUUGGCUAGUUCUAUCACAAUCCACAUUUUCACUUGUGCCUGGACCCCCCCGUCCGGGAGGGCAGUGGUGCGGCCCGAUAGUAGUGAAGGGAAGGCUGCGGCGGGGCGCUGUUUGUUUUCGCUGAGAGGCUGCGCUGAGCAGCUGUUGGGGGGGUGCUGCUUCGGUUUUGGCUGGCGUCCCAGUGUGAGCACCUCUCAGCUCUUUGCUUCGCGCUUCUGGGGGUGCCGAGAACCGCCUGACACGACGGCCAUGGCUCUGUGCGGGGGUGUCGGAGCCUCGGCCUUGCCCAGCGAGCUCAUCGUGCACAUCUUCUCCUUCCUGUCGGCCCGGGACAAGCUGCGGGCCUCGGCGGUGUGCGCCCGCUGGCGGGAGUGCCUCUUCUACCCGGCGCUCUGGACGGAGCUGAGGCUCAGCCUCGGCGGCGGGCCCGGCCCCGAGGAGACCCCCAAGCUGGAGUUCCUGAUGCGCAAGUUCGGCUCGUUCGUCCGGGAGCUGCAGCUGGAGUUCGCCCCCGUGGAGGGCUACCUGGGCCCGGGGCGGGCGGCCGAGGAGGACGCGCAGUUCGCGGGCCGCUGGAGGGAUGCGCUGCACACCUACCUGGACCAGGUGCUGUUCGUGCUGAGGGGCCUGCGGAACAACAGAAACCUGCAGAAGCUGAGCCUCUAUGGAGACACUUGUAUCCUUCAGGAAGAAGGAAUUUUGGACCGUGGUCAUCUCGGUCAGGUGGAUCAGGCGGGCAAGAAGAUCAAAGAGAUACAGCUCCUGUUUGAGGAGAUCCUGGCCAACAGCCGGCAGGUGAAGUGGCUGUCGUCUGCGUUCAUGCUGGGCAUGGUGACCCCCAGCUCCCUGUCCAUGAUGUCCAAUCUCAGCGCCAGCUCCCUGCAGCACCUGAGCCUGCUGGACAGCCAGCUGCCCUCCCUGGUGCCCUUCGGCGAGCUGGAGCGCCUGCACAGCCUGCGCUCCCUGGCCCUCGACUUCUGCGACUUCACCUCCGAGAUGUGCCGGCUGCUCUCCGGCCGCGACCACGCGCCCCUGCACCGCCUCUCCCUCCUGCUCAGCGGCGCCGCCGUGCCCGACAAGCCCCUGGACGCCACCCCCAGUGAGGGCGACUGGAAGGCCCUGGUGCGCAGCAGCGCCAACCUGCGGGUCUACGUCAUGGCGCUGGACGUGCCGAGCCAGGACCUGCUGAGGGUCCUGAAGCCCAGCCUGCCGCUGGAGAGGAUCCACUUCGACAGCUACUCCUGCUGCGCCUCCGAGGGCACGGUGGAGCUCAUCUCCCUGCAGUACCCCAAGACGCUCACCCACUUCAUCCUCAUGAGGGACCCCGUGGAGAGGGAGGACGCCGGCUUCCCCGACCUGAGCGACAACCGCAACGAGGACCCGCUGGUGCUGCUGGCCUGGCGCUGCACACGCCUGUCUCUGCUGGUGAUUCACGGUUACACUGUGUGGGCGCACAACCUGAUCGCCAUCUCCCGCCUGCGCGGCUCCAAUCUGAAGGUGCUGGCGGUGUCCGAGGAGAGCAUCGACUUCGACCAGGACCAGCUGGUCUUCGUGGAGGAGGAUCCCGUGCACAACCUGAUCAAGGAGGUGUCUCUGGGGCUGGGUCGGCCCUGGCACCCCAUGAUGGACACCAGCGUUGUCCUCAGCGAGCCCACGCAGCAUUUCUACAGAGAGAUGCAGCGCUUCAGCGAGGGCGUCUAGCCUGCCCGCUUAGUCCUGUUUGUGGUUCCCUUAAAAUAAUGGGCCCUGUCUCUUUAUUUUAUCACGCUUUUUUUUCCUUUCCGUAGUGUGAGCUAACCCUUUAUACGUGCUAUGUUUAAUCAGUAUUAGCUCUAUAUUUAUAUCUAUAUAUCUUGCUUCUGUACGAGAGUAUAGUUGGGUAUUGGUUUAGUAGCUAAUGAGUGAAUGUGGGGGGAAGGGCUUUUUCACGGCUAGCUUACAAGAUGCUUAGAAGUGUGAUGUUUAUAUUUUUAUAGGGGAUUCUUGAGUUGUUUUGAGAUUAGCGAGUCUGUCGUGGGUAAAUCCGUCCCUGCUGUUGAGAUAAGUCCGUUAUACUGAUUUACCUCUCCUGGCUUGAGUCUUCCGGCCAAGGAUGGAGUACUGAUAAACGUACAGAGACCUUUAGCCCUCUGCUCAUUUUUUGAGAUGUUGCUAUAUUUGGGAAGAUGAUACUGCUGGUAUUCCAACCUAGACAAAAUGAAAGCACUUGGAUUAAUACCUCUGUCUUCCCUGUAACUGGAGGGUGGCGGAAGCAAUCUUAGAUCAACUGAGUGUUUAGGUGACUUUCCUGAUCCCUUAUACUGUAGAGAAACGCUCGUUAGCAUAGCAGUCCAUUUUAAAAUCCUUUUGGUCUGUCUCAGGUAGGCAGCACGUUAGAUACAUGAAGCAAUCAGUCUGUCUGUCUAUUAUUAGUCUUGAGUCAGAGUUGCCUUGGAUGUUAUUUCUAUAUCAAGUUUUAAAACUAAGGUUUUUCAUCUAUUGAGUCUGGGACAGAAUUUGCUGGCUUGUUCCAUAUCUCAGGAAUCUUGAUCUUGUGGUACUUUUUUGAUUUAAGGCAAGUUUGCUUGAAGGCUGAAAACCAUGUGCGUUUAGAAAUGAUCUGUCAAAGUACAACUCAACCUUUCCAUGGACAUCUUUCUCCCUUCAUAGUUUUAAAAGGUUUAGCAUUUUUGGCAUGUCUCUAAGACUUUUUAAUUCUGUUCUUGCCAGUGCAUUUUUUGUUUUAAAGCUUGUAAAAGAAUCAUCUAGUGUUUGCAUAGAUAGCAGCAGGAGUUGGUGAAGAUCAUUUAAGGAUAAGGGUUGGUCUGUGCCUAAUAACUUGAUUUCCCUUUGACUCUGAAACGGUGGUAGACGUUUUACAUCUUCUGUAUGAUUCCCCCCCCACUGUGGUCAUCUUGCAGAGGUGUGGAAUUCCAGGUUCUUUUGAAACCUUGCUCAAUUCAGUGGGUGUCGGAAUCGGAUAUAUUCGGAAUCUGUUUUACUUGUGAUAAAAAAAUAUUUUUACUGUGCUCAAAAAUGAGUGUUAGUCAAAAUCAAAUCACACAGGAUGAGUAUUGAUAUUUGGGAAGGAAAAACUUGGACAAGUGGAGUUCCAGACUCGCUUUGCCUUGGAGAAGGUGUACAAGGUGGAGCCACGUUUCAGAGAAUCCUUAAAAAUCUGGAACUGGGAAAGAGCUUCCCAACCUGCAUGGCUGUGCAAAUUCAGACUGCAUGGGAGUGUCCUCUCUGAAAGCUCUUCAAGCAUAGAGUUUAUUCACGAGAGGUCACAAGAGGAGGAUAUAUUUGCCUGUGUUCAGAGUGUGCUGACCUGUCUGCCUAUGGUUUAAAUGGCCUGUUUCUUUUGGAGUACCACAACUAAAAGGAAAAUGCAGGGGUUUGAUUGGAAUUCAGUCUACAAUAUAUAUUUAUAGAGGCUUGAUGGUGAAUUUCUAUUUAAUCAAAAUUCACUUCAUUGUUACAGUAAGCAACUAAUUUUUGUUGUGCCUGUUUCCAGGUAGCUUUCAUUUCAAACUAAGUUGCUUUUCAGUUUUGAUGGCUGUCUAGUCAGGAAUUAUUUUUAGAAUGUUCACUUUAGUAUCAAAGUGUUUAGAUUUAAAAAAAAAAUGCAUGUAUUAGACAGGAGAGAGCACGUUGGCAGAAUAUCCGAAAGUAUCGCUUUUCCUUUUAAUCGGUGAACAAUAGGAAACGGCCUUUCUCAGGGUUACCGUCAGACUAAGCGGUGGGAGAGGAGCUCACCUGCUCAGGCCUUGAAAUGAAAGCUAGUCGUGAAAAGCUUUUCUCAACAAGUCACUGGAUUUUACUUCUGUCAGCGCCCGCGUCAGCUGCCAAAGAUCAUGGAAAUGCAACCCUAGAGAAGUGCCCACACACUGGCAGAGGCAGGCCAAUGGCUGGUCAGCCAAGGUGUUCCACUACUGGGUUUACGUACUAAGAAGUCAAAGUUCGACCUGUGUGAUGCACAGCUGUGCUGUGGCUUGGUCAGCAACUUUAGAACUCUUUGAACAAUGCACCUGCUUCACUGUGAAGAGUGAAUGUAAUUUAAAAAAAUCGAGGUUGGUUCUAUCAAACCUGUAAGCUGCUAUGAAACGUUACAGAACAUUCCACUGGGGAGAUGAAAGGCCAAAUGUCUGCAUGAAAUUAUUUAUUUUUUUACUUUUUAAAUUUUUUUUUGGCAAGGGGGUGGGGAUCCAAUCGUUACCAGAUAACUGGUCUAAUACAACAGUUGUGGUGUUUGUGGUGUUAAAAAAAAGUGUAAUCUGAAGAACUUGGAUGUUUUCUUUCCCCUGUUGCUUAUCAAUCUCUGCAAUUAAUUGGGGAGGGAAACUAUCUUAUCAUAAAGAACAACCAGUUGUUUUUUUACAACUAGGAUCCCUGCUUUUCCUUUUUAAAUAUUUGCUUUGGGGAAAUUUUCAUAUGCAUUCUCAGUUUGAAUUUCUCUUAUUGGAAUAGGGAAGCUGUUAGUACACUCCAUUGCUUGAAUACAGAUGAUGGAAGGCUUGAUGUACUGCUGCCUGUAUAAUUUUACAUCCUUUUUGUUUUUCUUUUCCUUAUUUCAAAACCUAAAUUUAUGCCAGCCUUAAGGUAAUGGAUUUGAAGCUUGGUAAUUGAACAUUGCGCGACCUUUCACAGAGGGGGUGGGUGGGAUACUGACCAUAGAUGCUUCCUAUUUUUGAUUCUUUUUUUUUUUUUGAAAAAUGACUUACAAAUCCACAAUCAUCUGCUGUAAUAGGUCCACUGUGGUAAAGGUCAAAAUCAAGCUAAACCAGCCCCAUCUUUUCAUGGUUGGCUUGCAUAACAGAAAAAAGUCAAACUAUGCAAGAGAAAUGCAUAUACUCUGUGGCUCUUUUUUUUUUUUUCAGUAAUCUUACAAUGGAAAGAACUUACUUGCAACGAUACUUGGCCUUAUUAUUUUAAAAUCUUGAUGCUUCGGAAGCCAAUUCAGUUUCAGGGGCAACCGUGGGUACAGACGUAGUCUCUGUGAGACUUGCCAGCUGACCCCAGUUUUAAGUGGUACGAAUGUUGUGCAUUUAUUGUUUAAAUCAGGACAGUUUGCAAUAAUGAAGUCGUAAAGUGGCCACCGUGGGGUACUAGCAGUGCUAAGACCUGGCUGCUACCUUAUAAACUUCGAAAAAAUACAGUAUAUAUAUAUCAAUAUAUAUAUGCAACAAAUGUCCGGAUUCUAUUUAUGAACAUGAAAAAAGUUUAUAAGCGUGUUGUUUUACAAAAAAAAUGGUUUUACCAUCUUAAUGUUUAAUAUUUCGACAGGUGUGCACUGUCUGUAUUUUUGUCUCCAGCGAGCACAUAGCGUUCGGAUUUUAUAUGUACAUCAGCAUUACGCGAGUCCACUGGCACAGUUGUGAACAUGCCAGAUGUGGUGAGAUUUUAUCUAUUGAAAGUGAUCAGAUGUUAUAAAGGAAGGAAAAAAACUGACAGACGUGGGUAAACCAGCUGAAAGUUGAUCGAAUUAUUGUUGAUUGGUUUAUGUUGAAUGCAUUUUCUUUUAAUCAGUGAAUAAAAGCAUUGAAAAAUUC